GGUAUCCUCUCUUUAGAGACAGCAAGACGCAACAUCGCCAGAAUCGCCAAUCGCCAAAAUGGACCCAUAUUCUACAGAAGGUGAAUUGAUCAACAUUCACACCCACUUCUACCAGUCACAAUACCAGGAGGUCAUCGACUUCGACACAUCAUCCUUCUCUGCUGAGAAUGAGCUGCCCGUGCGAGUACUGAAGCUCCGAGCCCGCAUCGCCCUUGGCCAGGCCGAAGAUGUUGUUGCAGAUGUCAAGGGUGAGGCCGUUCCCGACCUAGAAGCUGUCGGCGCUCUUGCCGAAUACACUCUAGGGAAGACCGACUCAGCACUGAAGACGAUUGAGAAGCUGGCUUCAUCAGCAGCCGAUAACGUUACCGUCCAGGUUGUCGGCGGCACGGUUCUACAAGCAGCUGGAAAGUCCGAGGAGGCACUCGCGCUGCUUUCGCAACACCAAGGAAGCUUGGACGCUGUCGCCUUAAUAGUCCAGAUCCACCUACAACAGAACCGAACCGACCUAGCCCUGAAGGAAGUGACUGCCGCACGAAGAUGGGCACAAGACAGUCUCCUGGUAAACCUGGCAGAGGCUUGGGUUGGAGUCCGAGUGGGCGGCGAGAAGUACCAGCAGGCAUUCUACGUUUAUGAGGAGCUUGCACAGGGCUCUUCAACUUUCUCAGUACCCAGCCUCAUCGCACAGGCAGUUUGCGAGAUACAUCUGGGCCGCCUUGAGGAGGCCCAGUCUGCCUUGGAGCUUGCCGUACAAAAGGACCCAAAGAACGCUGAAGGCAUUGCCAAUUUAUUGGUUUUGAACUCCAUUUCCGGGAACAACACUGACGAGCUUGUCGAAUCACUGAAGCAGGCAAACCCCAACCACCAGCUGUUAUUGGACUUGGAAGAGAAGAGCAGCCUAUUCGAUAAGGCGGCAGCCAAGUAUUCAGCCAAGGCGUAAUCAUAGACGAGUAUCAAUUUACGCAGCGAGUUAUUAUGUUAUAAUGGGGCGAAAUGAUAGACCAUCGGAGACCACAAGGACACGAGCCACAGUCUUUCGCACGCGAAUGGCUAGUAAAACGAUCCAGCAUCAACCUGUCUGCUGGGUUUGAACGGCCGCCCCCAAUGCCUAGGAAGAGAAAUUCACGUAUAGAAAACUAUCUGAUGCUAUUGGCACAUGUAUUAAUUUUUUUUCUGAAGAAAGUUUAAAUUUAUAGCUAGGUAGCUGGAUAAUAAUAGCAACUGAAGCUCAGAAACCGCCAUCGCC